AUGCGGCGAGGUAAGGAACGCUGGACGCACGCGGACGAUAAGCGCCUUGGACGCGCUCUGCUAGCUGUGUUCGCCAGCCACGGGGACGUGGUGCUGAGCGACAACUGUGCGCUCUGGAAGCGCGUGCAGCAGCGUUAUCAGGGGCUCGUGACUGCUGAACAAGCAAUCGUGCCCGACAUCACGGCGGCGCCGCGCAGCGCUCGCUCUCUGCAUACGCGCUGGUCGCGCGGCAUCCGUCCGGACAUGGUCCUGUUCACGUCGCUGGUGGACAAGAUGCAAAAGACUGGCAAGAGGCCUCCCAAGGCCAUCAAACAGGCCGAGAAGCUCUUCCGAGAGGAGAGGAGUGAGACUAAUGCGGCAGCUGUGCGCCAGUUCGUGCAGGGCCGACAGAGGCCACCGACACCUACAGGUGACUCGGAGACGGACUCGGCCCGCCCCAAACUCAAGUUCGAGUCGUUCCAUUUCCGCCACUGCUACGAUAUACUGCGCUCGAACCCGCAGUUUAUUCAGGCACUGCUAGAGCAGGUCAGAGAUCAUGAGGAGGGCGGCCCGCGCAAGCGGCGGCGGACUGAGGGCGCCAAUGGUCCGGAUGAGGAAGAGUAUAGCUCUUCAACCUCCAGCGAUGACUCGGAUACCGCCGACUCGCACGAGGACGAACAGCGCGAAAUGGUGCUGCAAGCGCCGCCUGCUAACGGGUUCCAGACGGCUAAGGUGGGCGCGAUCAGUAGUUCGCAGAUUGCAAAUGGCGUGAAGAGGUCCGUUCCGGAAGCGAGGACGUUAGUUCGACCUCCAAAUGUAGCACAGCGCGGGUCUGAUAGCGUGGUCAUCACAUUCGACGAUACAAGCGACGACCUUGACGUUCCUCGCGUCGAGUGCGACCGUGAAAUGGCGAAUGAGUACGUCCGUCUGCGUACACAGACACUGCUGGAAGAUCGACGCUUGAAGCUACUGGCGGAACUUCGCGGUGUGAUCGCAACAAUCUCGCAACUAGCACAGCAGCUCGCGUGGAACGGUGUGGCGUCGGCGGCGUUGGCAGCACGGACGGGGGCGGCCUGUCCUGCGCUGAACGAGGACGUGCUGCGGGAUAUAGCUUUCUUCCGCGGAGAAAAGCAGCGGUUGAAGCAAGCGAUUGCUGCUCUAGAUGGCGUCACGAAUGGAAGCGACGGCAAUUGA